AUGUCUUUGCAUGGAAGUAAUACUCCACCGCCAGCCAUACCUGAGGAUAUAUCACCUGGUAACUUGACGAGUAAUGAUGACAUUCUCCUUAGUGAGAUCACUACGUACUUCGUUGAUCGUGGUUUUCAAUCAAGUCUUGUCAGCUCCUUUCUGGCAAGAAAUACUCGUCUGGAAUUUAAGUCUAAUGAUGAAAUUAUGUUGGAUUUUCUUGAAGAACGCGAACAAAUGGAUCCAAAAAUCUUUAUUGGCAUUGAGGGAAAUGAAGGUGUGGAGCUGGGCGAAGAUAAGAAAUUGCUUGUGAAAUGGGGUCUUACAGAGGAGGUUGCGAACAGAAUACGUGAUAGUGUACAUGAGACCAUUUGGUCUCAACGGAUUUUGAAACAUUGGCUACUUGAUUGGGUUUACAAUCUAUGGGAUGCAAUUACGCAGAUGGGGUUUGAUAAAGUUUUUUAUAAUCCACAAUUUCAACGCAAUCAAUGGCACAGUUAUGAAAGAAAAGGUGGUCCACAAAUUUUUGCCUCAUCCUACGAAGAAAACAUUGAUAUCGGAGAGAAUUCUUUAUUGAGGUGCAACAAAAAAGUCUCUACCCCAGCGGACACUAAUUACAAAGCAUUCUUCCAUGCAACAAACUACCAUAGUGCUCGAUCUAUCAGUAAGAAUGGAAUUAAGCUUAAUUAUUGCAGGGCCAACCUCGACUUUGGGGCCUCUUCUAGCUUUCAUCUGAACCAUCAUUUGAUAAUGCAAUCGACUUCGUUAAGGGGCGUGAAGGAUUUAACGGAAUUGUUGUAUAUUGGGCUGAUAUGGAAAAAGUAA